AUGCAAUUCUCGACUUCCUGGUUAUUGAUGGGCCUCUUCUGCUGGUCGACGGUCCUCGCUACGCCAAUACAAAAGCCCUCACCGGUUCCUUGCACAGACGAGAUAAGAGACGCAGUCCUGAAUGGCAAGAUGGACAAAACCGCAUGUUGCGCAACCAGAGACGGAUUAUGUGUCGGUAGCUCAGCAGAAUCGAAUUCAGCUAUCAGCUUCGUACAACGGAACUCGCGAUAA